AAGUCUCCCGUUUUUUCAGGGGUACUCGUAACCGUUCCGUAAAAUAAUUCCUAUUUCUUCUUACCACACUACCACCAGACGUCUCUCCCAUACCCACCACCCCCCACCGUUCACCCCCGUGACAGGGCAACCCAAACCCAAAAUCCAAACCAGAAAAAUGAAGAUAAUGGUAGCCAUAAAGCGGGUGGUCGACUACGCCGUCAAGAUCCGCGUCAAACCCGACAAGACCGGCGUCGAGACCACAAACGUAAAGAUGUCGAUGAACCCGUUCUGCGAAAUAGCCUUGGAGGAGGCGCUCCGGAUCCGGGAGUCGGGUCGGGCGUCGGAGGUGGUCGCCGUCAGCAUGGGCCCGCAGCAGUGCGUCGAUACUCUGCGCACGGGACUUGCCAUGGGCGCCGACAGGGGGAUACACGUGGAGACGAAGGAGACGCUCUACCCGCUCUCGGUUGCCAAGCUGCUUAGGGCCCUGGUCGAGGUCGAGAAACCCCAGAUUCUUAUCCUCGGAAAACAGGCCAUCGAUGAUGAUUGCAAUCAAACAGGCCAAAUGUUGGCAGGGCUUCUCAACUGGCCGCAAGGGACUUUUGCUUCCAAGGUUGUGCUGGACAAAGAAAAACAAGAAGUGACAGUGGACAGAGAGGUGGAUGGUGGCCUGGAGACCUUGUGCUUAGAUUUACCUGCAGUAAUCACGACUGAUCUGAGAUUAAACCAACCAAGGUACGCGACACUCCCAAACAUAAUGAAAGCAAAAUCGAAGGUCAUUAAGAAAUAUACUCCCAAGGAGUUGAAUGUGGAAAUCAAAUCCGACUUGCAGAUCAUUCAAGUUACUGAACCACCCAAGAGAAAAUCAGGGGUUAUGGUUUCUUCUGUGGAUGAGUUGAUUGACAAGCUGAAAAAUGAAGCUCGCGUCAUCUGAUUAAUAUUUCACCCUCCUACUUGAGUCUGUGUAACAAUCAAUUUUGUGCCAAUCAAUAAAAGGAUGAACUAUUCUAGAAGUUGUCUAUUUUAGUUUCCAACAAAC